CGGGCAGGGCCGGCCGGCCGGCGGGCGGAGCGCCGCCGCCGACGCACACGAGGUGACCAGGCAUUGAUGCACCCCCAGGGAGGCCGCGCGCUCAAGGAGGCCACCCCCGCUGGCUGCUGCGCACAUGGUUUCUGGGCCCCUGGCACUCCGGUGGUACGCGUGGGCGGGGCGUGGGGACAUGGGGCCCGACAUGGAGCUGCCCAGCCACUCCAAGCAGCUCCUGCUGCAGCUGAACCAGCAGAGGACGAAGGGCUUCCUGUGUGAUGUCAUCAUCAUGGUGGAGAACUCCAUCUUCCGUGCUCACAAGAACGUCCUGGCUGCCAGCAGCAUCUACUUCAAGUCCCUGGUCCUGCACGACAACCUCAUCAACCUGGACACGGACAUGGUCAGCUCCACGGUGUUCCAGCAGAUCCUGGACUUCAUCUACACGGGCAAGCUGCUGCCCAGCGACCAGCCGGCUGAGCCCAACUUCAGCACUCUCCUCACUGCCGCCAGCUACCUCCAGCUGCCUGAGUUGGCAGCGCUCUGCCGCCGUAAACUCAAGCGAGCCGGCAAGCCCUUCGGCUCCGGUCGGGUGGGCGCCACCGGCAUGGGGAGGCCGCCCCGCAGCCAGCGGCUGUCCACAGCCUCCGUCAUCCAGGCGCGGUAUCCGGGGCUCGUGGACGGACGAAAGGGGGCCCACACCCCCCAAGAGCUCCCCCAGGCCAAAGGCUCGGAUGACGAGCUCUUCCUCGGAGGCUCUAGCCAGGAGGGUGUGCAUGGCCUGGGCCGGGCUGUCUGUCCAGCCAGCGGAGGGGAGGCCGGCCUGGGUAGCUGCAGCACCAAUGGGAGCAGCGGGGGCUGCGAGCAGGAGCUGGGCCUGGACUUGUCCAAGAAGAGCCCUCCCCUGCCUCCUGCCACCCCUGGUCCCCCCCUGACCCCUGACGACUCGGCCCAGCUGAGUGACAGUCAGCAUGGCUCGCCCCUCUCAGCCUCUGCCCCUCCUGUUGCCAACAGUGCCUCUUAUGCUGAGCUGGGGGGCACCCCCAAUGAGCCCAUGGACCUGGAGGGGGCCGAGGACAACCACCUGAGCCUGCUGGAGGGGCCCGGCGGGCAGCCCCGGAAGAGCCUGCGGCACUCAGCCCGCAAGAAGGAGUGGAGCAAGAAGGAGCCCAGGGUGGGGUCCCCCUUUGAGCGGAGGGAAGCGGGGCCCAAGGGCCCCUGCCCAGGGGAAGAGGGCGAGGGGCUAGGGGACAGGGUUCCCAAUGGCAUCCUGGCCAGCAGCGUUGCAGGGGGUGGCCCCAGUGGGCCCUACGUGGAGCCCCCGUACCCCUGCAAGGAGGAGGAGGAGAACGGCAAGGAUGGGAGUGAGGACAGCGGGCAGAGUGGGAGCGAGGGGGGCAGCGGGCAUGCUGGCACGCACUACGUGUACCGACAGGAGGGCUACGAGACUGUGUCCUACGGGGACAACCUGUACGUGUGCAUCCCCUGCGCCAAGGGCUUCCCCAGCUCGGAGCAGCUCAAUGCCCACGUGGAGACACACACGGAGGAGGAGCUGUUUAUCAAGGAGGAGGGUGCCUACGAGACGGGCAGCGGGGGCGCCGAGGAGGAGGCUGAGGACCUGUCGGCGCCCAGCGCGGCCUAUGCGGCCGAGCCCCGGCCCUUCAAGUGCUCGGUCUGCGAGAAGACCUACAAGGACCCGGCCACGCUGCGGCAGCACGAGAAGACGCACUGGCUGACCCGGCCUUUCCCCUGCAACAUCUGCGGCAAAAUGUUCACGCAGCGCGGCACCAUGACGCGCCACAUGCGCAGCCACCUGGGCCUCAAGCCCUUCGCCUGCGACGAGUGCGGCAUGCGCUUCACCCGCCAGUACCGCCUCACCGAGCACAUGCGCGUGCACUCGGGCGAGAAGCCGUACGAGUGCCAGCUCUGCGGGGGCAAGUUCACCCAGCAGCGCAACCUCAUCAGCCACCUGCGCAUGCACACCUCCCCCUCCUAGAAGCCAAAGACCCUGCUCCCCGGCCCGAGGCUGCCCUCUGCAGACUCGCCCUCGGGAGCCAACCGAAGGAAGAAAGAAGCACGGAGGCCGGGCGGGA